AUCAAGGAGUUAGUGUGUCUUGUCCUCUUGUUUCAAUGAAAGAGGAAAGUCUUUUGAACAUGUUCUUUUCCCGCUCACCAGGUCGGAAAUUCCGAUAAGAGACUCAGCUUUUGAAUGUUAUCCCUACAACUAUUUGCUUCUUCUUUCUUGGUAUAGUGUUUGUUAUAUCCGGUUGGGAUGAGAAUAUGGUGGCUCAUUGUCCUGUGAGGAAAAUUCUCAUUCUUUUUUCCUCAUUGGAAGUUGUAUUAGUUUUGGCUUUUGCUAUUGUAUUCGGUCUUUACGUCAUUAGUCGCAUAUCCGAUGAAGCCACAUAAAAAACGAGUGCGCUUUGAAGGGAAAAAAAACAUUAUUCUAUUAAUCAGAAUUAAUAGGGAAUUUCACUUGAAAAAGAAAUACUUCAUGCUAAAGGAUUUGGGUUCAUAAUCAUAUAUGUUCGAAUGUAUGAGAUAUUGUUGUAUUAACCGAUGAACUACUGUCAAAUAGUAUUGCACAAAAUAAAUCAAUGUCAAACACUAAUAUAAUUCGAUUUGCUUUUUGUAAACAAACUCGAAAUUUGCGAUACUAGGUAAGAUCGAUUGUAGGGAUUAUCCCAAAAUAUUGUUAUUUUUUUUAUUUACCACCAAUAUGGUGGUUUUCAAUUAAUUGACACAUAUAUUGUAUUUUCGUGGAUGAUGAUGGUUUGAAUGUGCUUUUCGAUUUGAUGACACAAAACCCUUAUUGUUUGGGUGCUGAGGUACAUGUUGAGAUUAGCCAGGCUGAUAAGGGUGAAGAUGAUACAUGGAGUGUGUCAUAUGAUCAUGAUUAUGACGACGAGGAGGAGGAGGAGGAACAUGGGGAAGAAUAACAGGCUAACCUUCCUCCAUAUUUUUAUUUGCAGGUUAAUGAAGAGGAUGAUGAAUUAUCACAUGUUGAUUCAUAUGGGAUAAUUCCAAUGCCUAUUGUUACUGGUUUUGAAGGAGAAUUCUACAAGGGCCAGAUAUUUCACUCGAAACAAGCUGCACAGGUGGCGAUUAAACACCACGCACUACAACACAACUUUCAGUAUGGCGUGGUGGAGUCAUCACCUUCGAUCUGGAAGGUUAGAUGCUUGAAGCAUAAGGAUGACAAUUGUCCUUGGAUGGUGCGGUUUGGAUGUCGAGACGUUGUAAGCGAAUGGACUGUGAGAAAGGCCAAGUUUGUGCAUUCUUGUAGCAGUAUGACUCAACCGACAGAUCAUGUCAUCUUGAUGUCGACAUUAUAUCUGAGCCCAUGAAACAUUUGGUACGUGUCCAACCAAAUCUAAGUGUUCUAACUGUGCAAGCCGAGAUGAAAGAUAAAUUUAAUAUGCAAGUUACUUAUAAGAAGGCUUGGUAUGGGAAACAAAGAGCAUUGGAUAAGUUGCAUGGAAAUUGGGAAGAAUCAUAUGAUUAUUUGCAAACAUUCUUGCGGGUGGUAAAGUGAAAAAUGCCAACAUCAGUGAUUGAUUGAGUAAGAAUUCCUUAAGCUCAAUCAGGUCAUUCGAUCUUUCAGUGAGUAUUCUGGGCUUAUGGACCUUGUAUAGAUGGAUUCAAUAAUUGUAUAGGAGUCAUGGUUGUUGAUGGAACAUUUCUUAUUGGAAAGUAUAAAGGAGUGCUACUCAUGGCGAGCUCAUAUGAUGGUCGGAAGAAGAUUUUUCCAAUAGCAAUUGCCAUCAUGGAGAGCGAGAAUAUUGAAAGUUGUCCAUGGUUUAUAAAUCACGUUCAAGGUUUGACCGAUCGAAAUGACGUAUGCAUCAUCUCAGAUAGACAUGCGGGACUCUAUGAAGCCAUGGGUGACAUCGGAAGAGGUUGGGAGUGGAGGUGGUGCAUGCGACACUAUGCAAGCAACUUGAAAAAGAAGAUAAGAAAAAUUAUGUAUAACCAACUGUUUCGAGUCGGUAAGUCUCUUCAUCGUUAUUGUUAUUGAUUUUCAACGUAUUAUUUAUUUUAAAAUAUAAUAUUAUCAUGAAUUUAUCUAACUCUUGUGGUUAUUAUUUUGUUAGCCCGAGAAAAACGCUUGGAGAAGUUCGAUCGUCAAGUUGAGCAAUUUAAGAAGAUGUCCGCUUAAAGAAAUAUUUCUUGUGAUAACUGGGUCGGUCAAAAUUAACUUCGUUGGAGCUUAGCACUUAAUAACUAUAAAGGUGGGCCUGGAUGGUCUAUGAUGACGACGAACAUGGCAGAGAGCAUCAAUGGUGUUUUCAAAGGUAUUCGUUCAUUUCCUAUAGCUUCUCUUGUGCAACAUACUUAUUGGUGAUUAUUGGAGAAAUUCGAUAAGAUGAGGUUGGAGACAGAAGCACAAAUCAGAAGUGGGAAGUCACAGUACAUGAAACCAUGUGAAGAUCUGAUGAAGUCGUGGGCACAAAAGGCAGUUGGGCAUUCCGUGACGGGGGUUGAUCGACAUCAGGGAAUCUAUGUGGUUCACACUCCUCCCAACAAUUUCAACAUGACGGGUUCGAACACACUCACAGGGCAUUUCGAUGACCACAAUCGAGAGGGAUUUUUCACUUGUGGGAAAUUCCAAGGAAAUAAAAUUCCUUACUUUCGUGCCAUUGCAGCUUGCAAUCGAAUGGGGGCUAACCCGUAAAUGUUUGUAAAUGACAUCUAUAAGCUAAAAACUGUAUUGGCUUGUUAUGGGACAAGUUUCACACCUCUUGGUGAAUCUAAGGGGUGGAAGAAGCACAAUGGCUCUACUCUCCAUCCUAACGUGCACAUGAUUAGGAAGCCGGGGAGGCCACGAACAACAAGAAUUCACAACGAGAUGUAUUGGCCAAGAGAGGAAGUAGGUGGACAUGAUGCAUCCACUUCUGGUGGAGGAGCAUGUGGCAUGGGAGCCAGCGAAGAGGAAGUGGUAGACGUGCGAGAGGUGGUAGAAGAGUAAGUAGUAGUAAUCGACGUGGUAUGUAAUUUGGUUGAUGUUGUAUGGUUUGAACGAUAGAGUGUGUUAUUGGUUGACGUUGUUAUGGUUUGAACGAUCAAUUGUGCUAGUUGGAUUUUGGAACUUUCAAACUAUUGCCCCACGUUGUUGUUACUUCUAUAGUCCAAGUUUUCGUUCUAGACAUAGGCAUCAUACAUGACAAUAAUAGUAAAAUAAAUAGUCCAAAAUAAUACAUAAUAAUACAUCAUGACAUGAUAAAUAGUCCACCAUAAA